UUUUCCCACCCUUACUCAUUCUUUUUUAAAUGUCUUUCUAUGACUUUAUAAAUAAAGGCACUAAUCAACAACAAAAUGAUUUGAAAAGUUCUGUUCUUUCUCCUUCAAUAGCAGAUGAACUUUUUGAGUCUCAUUUCGUACAAAGCACAACACCAUCCAACCAUGGUACCAAGAAAAGAAUGCCAUCUUCUUCUGUGAACUCACCCUCAUUAAGAAAUAGCCAAUAUACCUCUACUUCGGUGUUUGACUUUAUUCGACAAUCGCAAAGUCCUGAUAUCUCUGUUUCACCCUCUCUUAUUGAUCAAGACCAGUCCAGGUCCGUCCAAACUUCAGCUUUCAGCUUUAUCAACCAAACCAGUCAAUCUAAUGAUUUUCAUCUUGUUGAUGAAUUAGUUUUUGCAACAAAUGGAAAAAAGAAGAAACAGAGAGAUAUAUCACCACGACCAUCAUCAGCUCCACAAGAACAGCAACAUUCACUAAGCUCGACGAGUUUAUCUCAGUUAGAAGACAGUAGUCUCAAUAUGGACGCCAACUCGUUAUCUCGAAGACCGGUCGAGGUACAACGAUUAUUUGAAGAAACGGCAUGGAAACGAUUGAAAGCUGAAAAACAACACCAUCAAGACUUUAUACAGCAAUUGUAUCAACGUAGAAAGUUGACUUUGGAUGAAAUUCAAAAGAGUCAAAAGGAACGAUUAUCUUACUCUGAAGAAAAACAAAGAUAUUUGGAAGCAGAAGAAUAUGAUAAGAUGGAUCGAUUGGAAACCCAAGAUCAAAUGUUGGAACAACAAAUCAUCCGAUUAAAUCAAGAUGUCAUGGAAACUAUCACUUCCCAACUACAAACUGCUUGGAUGGACAUGGCAAAGAUCAUACGAAAACAAGGUGAUAGUGCUUCUAGGGUCGCUCAGGUCUAUCAAGCAACCAGGGAUGAACGUCAACAACAAUUAGCUCAGUAUACCCUUGAUAUGGAGCGAAAUCAAGAACAUAAAUUGCAAGAAAUUCAAAUGGAACGGUCUAAAAUUGAAUCUGAGAAAAGUGAAAUUGCUUUUGAUGUGGAUUUUUGGGAGCAAUCUAGAAGGGAAUUAGAUGAGAAAAUGGCGGAUCUGGUACAAGACGAAAGAUUUCAAAAAGAAGAACUUGUUACCAAGAUACAUUCCAUAGAUGAAGAAAUCGAUGUUUUGCAAAAGAAACUUGAAUUGUUAAAAGAGAAACGACAGAAUUACAGUAUGGAAAUCAAUCGUUUAGACUAUACUAUGGAGAAAGCAUUACAACGCUAUCAACCGGAAAAGGAUGCUCAGGAUAAAGAACGGAUAGAGAUUGAUAUAAGAAAGAAGAAAGUGGAACAGCAAGCGGAAACUUUGGCUGAACAAGAUACCCUCAUACACAAGAUGAUGAAACAACGUGAAAAAGAUGAAGAUCAUGCUUGGAAGGAAUUGAACGAUAUGAAUGACACUAUUCAAAAAGCCAAUGAAGAAUCUCAAGCCAAUGUUGAUGAAGCAGACACCAUCAUGGCCAUUCUGAAUGAUUGUAUUAUUAGUCGUGAUCAAACGAUGAUGGAGCAUACUCAAAAGGAGAAAAAGAUGCGUGACAAUAUAUAUCAUUUACAGGGUUCCAUUCAACAACAACAAAAGGAAUACAAUAGAGCACAACAGCAAUUGGAAGAAUUGGAGACUCAUUUAAACAUGAUGACAUUACGAAGAACGAGACUGGAAAGACAAAAGACAAAGGCUGCUGAGCAAGGACAAUAUCAACAAGCAGCAAAAUGGCAAGGGCAAAUCAAACAGUUGGAUAUAACGAUUGAAAAGGAAAAGAUAACACAAAUGGAUUAUCAACAACAACUUCAUUCUAUUGAUACUGGUUUAGAUUCAUUACAACAACAAUUGAUGGAUUUGAAAUUAGAGGCCAAGACACAAGACCAACAUAGAGGUAAUCUAAAAAUGAAAAGGGGAUAUGUAGACAAAUAAAUUGACCUUUUUUUUUUAUUUAUUUAGUCAAAGCCAUGAUGAUCCUUUUGGAUGAAUCUAUUCAAAAAUUGGAUCAUUAUAAAUCUUCAAGUAUGAUUGUGGAAAAUGAACUCAAUAGUAUAGAUAGUUGGAAAACAUACCUCAAUAGUAUAGUUUUAGAUUAGAUUUUUUUGGAAUCAACCAAUUAUAUUUGUUUUUUAAUUUAUUAUAUUAAUGUAUUUUAUUAGGAAAUGAG